AUGGACAGCGUAUGCGAUCAGGUGUUGUUCGACAACAAGCUCCACCCAGCUCAUGGAAAAAAUGCCCCAUUCCAGUCGGAGCGUACGCUAUUUAAGUAUCGCUCUCACCACGAACUUGACCUGGGCACGACAACUAGCGACUCUCGAGGUACGGUGCCGGUGCCUGCCACGUAUCCGCGCCAAAACCUGAGUCCACCCGCGCAGUCUUAUGCGCACGCUGUGAAAGCGCCUGCAGUUGUGGUUCCUAUAAAGAUUUUCCAGCAGACAACACUUCAAAGAGCAGUUGCGGAGGCCAAGAAACGGGAAGAUCAGCUCCGCCAUGGGGCUAAGAUUAACAAGACAUUGGCACCCACUCAGAUCGUCCCGAAUUCAUCCGGAAACUCGAAAGAUUUGUCAGUCUCGACAUUUCGUAGAUCUCAAGGCACCAUCACUCCUCCUGGUAUCCCAAAUGCCCGGAAGACGGCCUUACUAUUGCUGACUACGACCGUGGACGACGGUUUCGUAGCUUCAACAACAACAAAACGCGGCCGCAACGCGUUUGACUUCUCCAACAUGCUUGCAAAGCAAUCGAAGCUUCCAUUGGAUGGCAUUGCCACCGCCAAUUAA